AUGCUCGCGUCAGCCACCCCGAGAGCCGUUCUACUCACCCUCGACCGCUCAGCCGUACGCGCGCUGCUUGGGCGCCCGCAGAGCGCCCGCUGCAGUGCCGAACCCCGGCGACUGUUGUCUAUGGUCACACCAGGGGCUGAAGUCCCAAGGGGGCAAUGCGGGGGAGCGAGAAGGACCCAGAGACGAUUUGAAAGGCAAAUCAUGGGAUCCAGGAGAUAUAUGUCGACUGAAAAGCCCGAGGGCAAGGAGAAGGCGGCUACUUCUACACCGUCGACUCCCCCUGCACCAUCGUCGCCUGCAGCUCAGAAAGAUCUCUAUGAAUCUCCCUACACAAUACCGAACGCCCUCACACUUGCAAGGUUGCUGGCAUGUCCGUUAUUGGGUUAUGAGAUUGUGCAAGGCGAUUAUGCGCUCGCGACUGGUAUACUUUUUGCAAGUGGUGUAACAGACUGGCUAGACGGAUGGCUGGCCAGGCGGUAUAACAGCUUUUCGGUCCUGGGCUCUAUACUGGACCCCGCCGCAGACAAGGCCUUGAUGACAACCUUGGUCGGAACUCUAGCUUAUACUGGCCUGCUUCCGAUCCCUCUUGCAAUCCUCAUCGUCGGUCGAGAUGUCGGUCUUUCUAUCUCAGCCUUCUACUUUCGAUUCAUCUCCCUGCCUCCUCCCCGCACACUCCAGCGGUACUUUGACUUUUCCAUACCAUCGGCUCAAGUGACACCGACCCAAAUCAGCAAGGCGAGCCUGUCUAGUCCAAAGAUAUUAUUCCUCAUGGGUGUGACGACGGUAUCCCCACUCCUUUCUAUGGACAUUUCGUUACCUUUGCAGGCACUUCAAUGGGCCGUAGCAGGAACUACCAUCUGGAGUGGAUUGAGCUAUGUGGGUAGAUCAGGUGUCAAAAUUCUCGGGCAAUCAGGGAAGAAGCCAUAG